AUGGCCCCGGUGGCACGAGGUGAGCCCACUGCAACUCCUACAGAUCCCUCGCUAACAUCCCACGAGAACUCGGUCCUGAAGUGCCCUCCACGCCUGCCGCACUGCCCAACAACUCUCACACACUGCAAAGCCGCCAUGUCACACUGGAGGGUCUCCACGAAUCUCACAUCCCUAGCCUUUGGCGGAAUUUGCGUCUGUGGGAGAAUGGCCAUCUACUGGACUAUCUUCCAAUGCUAGUCCCUCAGUCGGAAGAUGAGCUAUGGCAGAGACUUUCGAAAAUGUCGACGGAGCGCGGCUUUGUUCUCUAUGCCAUCAAAGCCGACCCGUCGCAAGUGAAUGCGGGAUCGAAGGGGGAAAGGAACCACACGGAAGUCUUGGGUGUCAUCGCGUACCUCAACAUCGUUCCGGAAAACCGCGAGAUCGAAGUCGGCGGUGUGCUCUUUGGUCCUGCACUCCAGCGCUCGGCUGCUGCGACAGAGGUACAUUACCUGGUACUUCGGAACGUCUCCGAGCCUGAUUCGCCUGGUCUUGGAGGCUCUUCGCUUCCGUAUCGCCGCAUCGUGUGGAAAUGUGACCGUCUCAACCACCGGUCGCGUCGUGCCGCUGAACGGCUGGGAUACGUGUUUGAGGGAAGAUUUCGGAAGCAUUGGAUUGUCAAGGGGAGGUCACGGGAUUCGGAUUUCUUGAGCAUCGUCGAUGAUGAGUGGCCUGUCGUCAAGGCUGCACUGGAGCAAUGGCUCGACGACGGAAAUUUUGAUGCGGAAGGACGGCAGGUUAGAAGGCUUGAUGGUAUUCGAGAGGAACUCAGUAGAUCGACAGCAGAAGCGUGA